ACCGAACUGAUUAUCCGAUUUAAAUGAAUUUAAAAGUCUUGAAAAGGUUAUUAAAGUACCUUUUCAGUGAUAGUUUAUUAUUGAAAAUCGGUUCACGACAAACCGAGAUACAAGUCAUUGAAUUGAAAAUUAAUUUACUUGCAAACAUUUAUGUUUUCCAAAAUGGCUGCCUAAAAAACGGCUGAGCCGAUUUCGUCAAACAAAAGAGAGAAGGAAUGAACAUUUUCUUUUGAAUACACUAAAUAGAUUAAAUUCAGCACAGUAAGAUUAAUAAUCAAUUGACAAUUUGUAAAUUGAAAUAUAAAUGGAAAAAAAUCUCUAUUUUAUUUUUGGUCGUUCUGAAACUUUUUGAGGGUAGUGUAGACAUAUAAAAGUUUUGCAGAGAGAUAAAAAUAUAUGAAUGGAGAAACAAAGGAUGAUGGAAAGAGAUAAAUAUAAAAUGACAAUUAAUUCUCGCUGCUUUUCCCAUCCACAGAGUCCACACACAAUAUUUAUUCCUCUCUCUAGCACACGCGGUGCUUUAUUGAUAUUUCCACUUCACGUUGAUUACUCACUCGUGUGUUGGAACAGUUCAUUUCUGGAAGUUUACUACAUCAGUUGUGUUUUUUACUCUACAUAAAUUUAAUUAUUCCCACAGAAAGUGUCUUGAGUUUUCUUUUUUCCACCGUCAGUAACUGAACGGAAAUUCUUUCCAAAAAUAUUCUCACAGACAUCCCAUGAACUCUAAGGUGGCAAAAGGUUUUGACAUAGAAAUUAUAUUAUGAGUCUGCAAGUAAUAAGAGCGCGCAUGUUGUGACGAUAAGAGCUUGGACAUUAUGGGACAGUAUAAGCCAGAAAUAUUCUGCUAAAAAAAAUCUUUAAAAAAAUAAAAAUAAAAUCCAGUGGUAAAACGCGAUUUAUCUAAUUCAUCUUUAAUUAAAAUCAUCCAAACUGAGUUUUUUUAGUUUAUCUAUUUGUAAAAGUUGUUUAAAAGAAAAAGAGAAAAAAAAGAAAAGUAAUAAUCACGAGCUUAUGGAGAAGGAAGUUCUAUAGAUAUUCACGUAUUCAGCCCAUCUUUAGAAGCUAUAUAAAAAGAAAGAGAGAGAGAGAGAGAGAGAGUGAGAAUGAGUGCUAAGCAGCAGCUCUCCCACGGAAUGCUGAGGCGUGAGCCCUGCUUCAAGUGCAAACUUCCAGUUUUUCUUGCUGAACGUUUGACCAUUGAUGGUCGAAAUUAUCAUAGAACUUGUCUCAAAUGUGCCCGGUGUGGGCAUCAACUAACACCCGGGAGCUUCUAUGAGACGGAAGUUGAUGCAGAAUUUUGCUGUGAAGUCUGUCCCGACGAAGAGGCCACACAUCGUGGCAUGACGGCAUAUGAGGAGGAUGAUGAAGAAGAUGUAGAGGAGCAAGGAAGUUGUGCCUUCCCGGACCUUCCGGGGGAAACGUCGAAUUUUGAGAAACAAUACAGUUUACUGAAGAAAUCUCUGAGUGACGAGGAGAAACGUGAGAGUUUGGAGAAGCUCAAGGGGAAGGAUCAGAAGUCCAUGUUGAGCUUCAUUGCGACACAAUUUGAUGGUGGGAAAGAGAAUCCCGAUGAAGAGACUCAAAAUGUGGAAUACUGUUCAAGCAAAAAGACUGAUAUGGAAGAACUUGAGUAUUCACACAAAACACCCAAAAGUGACAUAAUUAGCGAAGAUGAUUUUAAUAAGGAGAAAUGUGAGAUUGUUGAGGAGGUAAAGGAUACCCUUACUGAUACCACAGAUGUUGGUGAACCACUGCGAACAAAUAAUUCAACUGAGAAGCUUAAUAAUGACACAAGUUUAGAAGACAAGCUAAGUAAAAUAGUUUUAGUAGAUGAUAAGAUUAAAUCGCCUUGUGAAGUAUCAUCGUCAGAAAUUCCGUGUGUUACCAAAGAUGAUGAAGACAUUGUCAUUGUGGACAAUUGUGGGGAUAAACAGAGAGUAUCUGACGAAUUUCAAGAGGGCAUGCCACAGGAUGAUACUCCACCAAAUGUGCCAGCUUGCAAGACAUCAUUUACAGAAGUGCCUAUUGUAGAACAUAAGUCAGUAGAUAGUGUAGCAAAAGACACCGUGGCACAUGCCACAGAUUCACAAGAACCACCCGCAUCCAGUGCUACAGUCCCAGAUGAUGAAAUAAUUGAGCCAAAAGCAUCCGCUUACCCUGAGCACUUGAAUCCUUUCGACUCUGACGAUGGAGCCGCCAGUAGUGAUAAGAAAACUGCGGAAAAAGCCGCAAAUUUGAAUCCCUUCGAUAGUGAUGAUGAAGAAAUUGAGGCAGAAAAGGUCAAGAAGAAUGAAGCAAAGUCGAGCAAUCCAUUUGAAGAUUCAGACGAUGAGGCUACUAGCAAUGCUAGUCCGCGCAUCGUAAAGCCAUCUCCCAGGAGAACACCUGUUCCAACACCGAGAAAGACAGUCCCAAAUGUGCGGAAGACACUGGAUCCCAACACAAUGCAGCAUCAUUUAAGUGUUGUCCCACCAGGUGCCAUUGCAAAAGACUUGUACGGAAGCUGUGCAUCACUGAAUUCCUCAAUGUCAGCUCGCGGUGACUCCCGUGGAUCCAUGAAUUCCCUCUCAUCGUGCUCAACUGCAGGUGGAAUUACACCUGCACGGCACAAGAAGGGCAAAGCACCGCUUCCGCCAGCUUCCAUUGAGAGAAGUCCCAUUCCCAGUGAACGUUCAACACCCAAAACCAGCCCGAGAAUGAGAAAGAAACGUCCAGCACCUGCACCUCCUGUUCCCAAAAAAUGCGAAGCUGAUGAUUCCACAGCUCAGAGUUGUGAGACAAAAAUGCGCCUAAUUCCACUUGAUGCGGAAUUAAUGAUGGAAUCGACAGAUGCAAAGAGCGAGGAGACGCCGGAGCAUGCAGAAAUCUCGUAUAGAAGGAAAAUUGUCCCAUUGGAAGCAUCAGAUCUGCUAGAUGCGGGUGAUGAGAUGCUCCAUGAGCGUCAAUGGGAGAAGCUGAAGGACAAUAAGGAGUCAAAGAAUCGCAAUAGACGCAGCAAUGUCUCAUUCCAGGGGGAUGAAGUUGAUACAGUUUACGGUGAUAAGUCUUCUCAUGGGAAAUGGAAGAAGCGCAAGGGGCCAGCACCGGCACUACCAGUACCCCCAAAGCGUGUCCUGCAGAUGCUCCCGCUGCAGGAGAUCCUUCACGAGCUGGAGGUGAUUGAUGUGCAGCAGCAGGGGCUGGAGAAGCAGGGAAUUAUCCUUGAGAAAAUCAUCCGGGAACGCUGUGAAGGGGACAUCCCUGAGGGGGGUACGGAGGAGACCACCCUCUCCCGGGACACGCUGUCGAAAUUGCCGACGCAAAAUACCAAAGAAGUUGAGGAUCUCAUAAUGCAGCUCUUUGAUCUUGUCAAUGAGAAGAAUGAACUUUUCCGUCGACAGGCUGAAUUAAUGUAUUUGCGUAGACAGCAUCGUCUGGAGCAGGAACAGAUUGAUCUGGAAUACGAGAUUCGUGUCCUGAUGGCGCAACCCGAAAGGAAUAAAACGGAUUCAGAUAAAUCCAAGGAGGAAGCACUAAUCUCGCGUCUCGUUGAGGUUGUUCAGCUCCGAAAUGAAGUUGUGGAUAAUCUGGAGAUGGAUCGACUACGGGAAGCUGAGGAGGACUUGAGUAUAAAGCAAGAAAUUGAGAAGCACACCGCAAAGAGGGAGGAAGACUUCAGGGAGGAGGUAACCACAAAGCUAUCGAAGAAGGAGAAAAAGAAGCUGAAGGAGGCGAAGAAGUCGAAGAAGAAGAGUGACGUAGACAAGGAUGACGAUGAAACAGAAUCGAGAGGCACCAAGGAGCGCAAGAAGAAAAAAUUUAUUAUUAUCUAAAAAAAAAAUCUCUUUAUUUUGCACGAGGAAAACACAGAUGAAUAAAAUUGGUAAAGUAUUCAAAAAAUUUAAUCGUAAACAAUUGUGAUAGAGAUAAAUGUUUUUUUGUCUGGACCACAGCUUAAUUCUUUCUAAAUUCUCUCUGAAUAAAUUCUAAAAAAAAAAAGAAAUCUCGGCUAUAAAAAUGAAAAACAAAUCAUAAUUUUCGAAAAAAAGAGGUAGCAUUAAGCAUUUAGUUUUAGAGUUUUUUUUUUAAAUUUCUCUGUUGCUAUAUAUUUCCGUAGAUUUUGUGUAUUUUUUUUAAUUAAACUUUUGAAUUGAAAUUAAA